AUGUAUCGUUUUGAAAUCUUGACUUAUGGGAAACCACUGAUAAUAAAAACACAAUCCAGUGAACGAUUAUCUUUGAUGUGUAAUUAUGUCUGCGAUUCUCUUAAGUGUUCCAAUUCCUUUCUGGUUCCACCAAUCAGAAUGUUGGCAACACAGUACACCACCAUAUUACCCCCGUGUUCUGAGGAUUCAGCAACAUGCAAACAAAAGUGUGUAAUCAGUAACAUAUUCAAUUACUCUAACGUUAAUUAUUUGGAAUCCGACAGUCCAAAGAACUUCGAUUUUGGGGAAAUAUUGUUACAGCAGUCGAUACAUCGUCCAGAGGCUGGCAGCUAUAUUGGCGCAAGUUACGCUGUAGCAGUCGUGUGCGCAAGUUUCAUCGGCGAAUUUGGCAAUGAACACAAUUUCUUGGUGCAUUUUUUACCCGCUGCGGAUACCGGAGGAUAUGUGUAUAAAAUUGUGAAAACAAAUGACUUUGAAAGAGAAAUACUGCACGUCGUGGCUACGGACGGUAACACAAUAGUUCAUUUCUCCGGAAAUAACACAAAUGUUUCCACGAGUCAGUAUUUCAUACUCCAACACGCGGGCGAUUCUACUGAAAUAGACAUAACCUCAGACAAUAAGGACCCCGUUUCUUUUUUAAGCAAUAAACCUAUUCACGUGAUUGCACAUGUUAAGAAAAAUAAUGUGUCAGGACAAACAGCAGAUAUACCUUUUAAUAGACAUGGAUAUAAUUUUGUGUAUGUGCCACCAUUGUCCAGCUUGAAUCAUGCAGAUGGAAGGAGUUUUACUGAAGUCCUGGCUGACGAUACAUACAUCCACACUUCAAACUCUGGCUGGCCUCAUCUCACAAACUUCACCUCACGACGCAGACCUAUUAUAAAUCGGAACCAGAUCCCUGGAGACGGUAUAGAUAAUAAUAAAGAUGGUCUCAUUGAUGAGGAAUAUUGUGGCUUUCUGAUUGAAGAUAUUCCAACAGAUGAAAGUACCAUGCACGACGUUGACUUGGAUGGGUCUUAUAACGAGGACUCUGCCUGCGGAGAAGGAAUGCAACUUGACAACGACACGAUGGAGUGCGUGCCAUGUCCGGUGGGAUACUAUAAAAACGUGUCAGCGAAUGACACCAACCUUGCAGUCAUCGACAGGUUCUGGUGUAAACAGUGUCCUGAUAACAAAACAACAUUUGAAAUAGGAACAGUAGCACCAGAAAAAUGUAUCGAACAUUGUGUAGAGGGGAUGGAGUUAACCAGUUCCGGAACUUGUGAAGCCUGUGACAUUGGGUUCUACAAAAAUAUUUCUAGUGCCGAUAAUUUGGCUCCCAUUGAGAAACAUUGGAACUGUUCGGAAUGUGACAACAAUAAAACCACGUUUUACGAAGGAACAGUGCAAGCAGCAGAUUGUAUCACUGCCUGCGGAGAAGGAAUGCAACUUGACAACGACAUGAUGGAGUGCGCACCAUGUCCGGUGGGAUACUAUAAAAACGUGCAAGCGAGUGACACCAGCCUUGCAGUCAUCGACAGGUUCUGGUGUAAACAGUGUCCGGAUAACAAAACAACAGUUGAUGUAGGAACGGUAGCACCAGAAAAAUGUAUCGAACAUUGUGUAGAGGGGAUGGAGUUAACCAGUUCCGGAACUUGUGAAGCCUGUGACAUUGGGUUCUACAAAAAUAUUUCUAGUGCCGAUAAUUUGGCUCCCAUUGAGAAACAUUGGAACUGUUCGGAAUGUGACAACAAUAAAACCACGUUUUACGAAGGAACAGUGCAAGCAGCAGAUUGUAUCACUGCCUGCGGAGAAGGAAUGCAACUUGACAACGACAUGAUGGAGUGCGCACCAUGUCCGGUGGGAUACUAUAAAAACGUGCAAGCGAGUGACACCAGCCUUGCAGUCAUCGACAGGUUCUGGUGUAAACAGUGUCCGGAUAACAAAACAACAGUUGAUGUAGGAACGGUAGCACCAGAAAAAUGUAUCGAACAUUGUGUAGAGGGGAUGGAGUUAACCAGUUCCGGAACUUGUGAAGCCUGUGACAUUGGGUUCUACAAAAAUAUUUCUAGUGCCGAUAAUUUGGCUCCCAUUGAGAAACAUUGGAACUGUUCGGAAUGUGACAACAAUAAAACCACGUUUUACGAAGGAACAGUGCAAGCAGCAGAUUGUAUCACUGCCUGCGGAGAAGGAAUGCAACUUGACAACGACACGAUGGAGUGCGUACCAUGUCCGGUGGGAUACUAUAAAAACGUGCAAGCGAGUGACACCAGCCUUGCAGUCAUCGACAGGUUCUGGUGUAAACAGUGUCCGGAUAACAAAACAACAGUUGAUGUAGGAACGGUAGCACCAGAAAAAUGUAUCGAACAUUGUGUAGAGGGGAUGGAGUUAACCAGUUCCGGAACUUGUGAAGCCUGUGACAUUGGGUUCUACAAAAAUAUUUCUAGUGCCGAUAAUUUGGCUCCCAUUGAGAAACAUUGGAACUGUUCGGAAUGUGACAACAAUAAAACCACGUUUUACGAAGGAACAGUGCAAGCAGCAGAUUGUAUCACUGCCUGCGGAGAAGGAAUGCAACUUGACAACGACAUGAUGGAGUGCGCACCAUGUCCGGUGGGAUACUAUAAAAACGUGCAAGCGAGUGACACCAGCCUUGCAGUCAUCGACAGGUUCUGGUGUAAACAGUGUCCGGAUAACAAAACAACAGUUGAUGUAGGAACGGUAGCACCAGAAAAAUGUAUCGCUGUGACAAAAGUGGCGAAGCGAUAA